AUGGAGCUGAGAGCAGCCGUCUGGAUCUUCUUUUCUUCAGGUGGGCUCUCUUAUUCUUAUAUUCGAUACAACUCGCAAUCCUCGGGGGAUGAUUCUCGUCGCAUCCAUCUUCCUAGCUUUUCUCCGUUCCUUGGUCCAUUUCCCCGAGGAAUUUCAUCAACACGUUUGCUUGACGAAAUUACAGUGCACGUCAAUUCUUAAGUGUUUUCUUGUUGUUCGCCGAGUUGAGGGAAAGACGCACUUUCUGAAAUUUCGAAGUUAGAAGGCUCUAGUCUUCAACAUUCACCAAAUAAUACUGUCAUUGCUUUUGGAUCGUCCAGUUGCAAAAGUUUUUUCAACGAAACAUUUUUUGAUAGUUUGAGGCUUAGAAAAUAUCGCGAUGUUUUAACUUCAUAUUGGUUGAAUAUGUAGACAUUUUGGAAACUAAAUGGUUAAGUCUACCCGGUCGAAGUUCAAAAAUGCAUUUACCUUUCGGUUUUUCCUCAAUUCUUCAAAAAAAAACUUUUGCGAAAUUUUAUUUUAAUCGAAAACCUUGGGGAAACAAAAACGCACGCGUUGGUCAAACGUUACUCAAUUGUGCAAAGCUGGAAAAAAAUUGAAUUAAGUUUUACGUGAAUAAAAUAACGAAUAACAGCUUUCCUCUGCUUUCAGACCUUGUGUAACAAAACAAAGAAGAAAUAAUUUUAGGUAAGUUUUAUUCUCAUAAAAGAUUCACAGAAAGUCUUUUUUGCAUUUAAAGCAUACAGAGAACCGCAACAACGUAUUGCACAAAGAUAAACUCUACGUCUUUGAAAAAAUAAACAUAACAGGUUUACGCGAUUUUCAUAUAACUUUACAAGCCUUACGAUCUUGUCUAUGAAUCUAAAGGCUGUAAUGCCGUUAGCCCAUUUAUGGGGCCUUAUUUACGGUAUGUGAACUUUUUGUUUAAUGGAAUUUUCAGUAUUGGUGUUAGCUGCACACGCGGACGACCAGAACGACUGGGAGAAGCGCGGCGGCGCCCGAAUUUUCGCUGGAAACUCCAAACGAGGCGGUGGACGUUUGUUCGCUGACCAAUUCGACGACAAACGAGCAGGAGCUCGUGCCUUUUUUGAAGAAGAAGAAAAACGAGCAGGUGGAAGGUCUUUCUACGAGGAAGACAAACGCGGCGGGGCUCGGACCUUUGGUCAGCAGGAGAAGCGAGGUGGUGGUCGAGCUUUCCUAGAAGAAGAAAAACGAGGCGGUGGACGAGCCUUCUUGGAAGAGGACAAGCGAGGCGGAGGUCGUUCGUUCUUGGAGGAGGAGAAGCGAGGUGGUGCUCGGGUCUUCGGAGCAUACGCCUUGCCUUCUGGAGCCUGGGACAGCGACUUCCCGACGAUCAAGCGUGGCGCCGACUGGCUCUGGUUCCCACGGGAAGAAAUUAAUACAGGUGCGCGGUUUUUCGUUUUUAACACUAAAACAUAUAUAAAUCAAAUCAACAAGAAACUUCAAGUAUGAAACAUCUAUUUUCGUGAAUUUGUUGUGACUUGUUUACAACGUAGGUAUUGCCACUGUUUGAAAAAAAAAAAAAUUAAAUCAUGCGCAAAAAAAGCCAAUUUGAUCCUAUGCCAUUAAAGGAACAUAGCUAUCCAAGCAAACGUGCAAUCAAAGCGGAAGAUUUCUCGCUCUAGGGCUCUGUUAGUCGAGCUUCUCGUAACUGACGAAAACAUUGGUUUUUCAUCAGUUGCCGUCAUGACAUCUGAUCUAGGAAUUCUGAUGUUAAUUGAACUCGAGAACUGCUGCUUUGAAAAAAAAAAGUAGGGAUCAUAUAAUUUUUGUUAGGUUAGUAAAAGCUUUAUGAUGAAUUUUGAAAAGGUGCGAAAAGAAACGCUUAAACGAAAGCGGUUGGGAGUAUUUAGGAUCACGGGCGAUUCUUUUCUUAUUUUGUCUUUGAUUCUCUUUUUCUUCGCGAGUCAAGUACAAUUUCCGCUUUCGUUCACACAAGUUCCAUUUCUCUUUCUUAAGUUAGAUCUAUCCUUUUUCGUCCUACGUUUCAAAAUUGGACUCGCUUGGCUGUCAUCACACGACUUUAUUUUCGAUUGCGCGCACUUAGUUCCGUUUUAUUUGUUUUUUUUUUUGGAAUUUUCAAGCACUUAAAGUUCCUUCUAAAAUAAAUAUUAGUGGAAUAGAAAUAAAUCGUAUAAAGAGGUAUAAUGAAUAUAUCAUCUGGAAAUUGGGUCAAGGCUAGAUGAGCUUGCUCAAAAAUAAUAAUAAUAAACGUCACGUUUUUUCGAAAUGCUUUCUUUUUUGAAGGACUUCUUGAGGGUAUUCUUAUCGUUUUCAUACUGAACCUUGUCAUUAAAAGAAAGCUUAUUUUCCUUCUCAUUAAAAAAACUUGCUCGACUGUUUUUUUUUGGUCUGACUGCUCCUAUUUGUCGCAUCUCUUUCCGUUUCUAUUACUUUAAUAGCAGGAUAAUUUUUGUUACUCGCGAAAAGGCGAAAUCUAAAAAAACAACUUCUAAGGAAAGAAAAUAAUUAUAUCCAGUGUCGAAGACCAUUUUAUUUCGUAUUAUAUGCAAAAUGUUAUGAUUUUUCUCUUUUUAAUUGUCUGAAUUUUUCACUUUUUGUGAAAUAUUUUUUUCUUACUUUUUUUAAGGAGAUAAUCUUACCUAAAGAUGAAAGUUUGGCGAAGUCAAAUGGGACUUGAGAAGACUUUGAAAUCUUGCUUGAGAUCUCUUUAAAGGAGGUGCUAAACCUUAGGAUGUUCACGAUUUGUCAACAAAAAUAGAAAAGCAAUUUGUGGAGGAGAAAUGAGCCGAGGGAUUUGCAGCGAAACGCGGAGGCGCCCGUUCGUUCCCUGUCGGCGGAGCAUCGCCCGAACGCUUCUGA